AUUUCUAGUUUCGCGUUUUGAGGUUAUCGUCCAAACGCGUUUGUAAGGUUAUCUCGUAAAAUAUAAAGAAAAUAAUCUCUGUCAAAGAUAUAAAAAAAAUAACACAAUUUUUGAGUUCAAGAAUUUGUCUUCAUAUUUUAAAUUUGAAUUACUUAAAUUUUUUUAAAAAAUUACUUUUUAGAAAAAUAAAAUCAGCAAUUAUUAGAUCGAAUUUUCAUUUAUCGAGGGUAAUUACAACAAAACUUUCAACUACUCAGAGAAUUAUGUCACGGCCAAAAAUACUUGUCACUCGACCCGAUAUUCCUGCAAUUGGAUUCGAAUUACUUGGAAAAGAAUGUGACUUGAUCGUGGCUGACCAUGCUAAUGAAAUUUCACAAUCUGAAUUGUUGUCAAAAAUUCGCGAUGUCGAUGGACUUUAUUGUUUGUUGUCGGAUAAAAUUGAUGAACAAGUCCUAAAAGCAGCGGGUCCAAAUUUAAAAGUCGUUGCAACCAUGUCCGUUGGCGUUGAUCAUUUAGAUUUAAAAGCCAUGAAGGAGAGAAAUAUUUUAGUUGGAUAUACUCCAGGAAUAUUAACACCAGCAACUGCUGAAUUAACUGUUGCAUUACUGCUCACAACAUCACGAAAUUUAAUCCAUGGUCACAGGGCAAUUUUCCAAAAUGAAUGGAAGGCCUGGGGUCCAACUUGGAUGUUAGGACCGGGUUUAUUAAAUUCAACAGUGGGAAUUGUGGGUUUAGGAAGAAUAGGAGCCGAAAUUGCAGAAAUUCUCAAGGGUUUCAAGGUAUCGAAAAUAUUGUACACAAGUCGUAGGGAAAAACCAGAAGCUGCUAAAUUUGAUGGGAAAUUAGUGAAUUUUGAUACACUUUUAAAGGAAAGUGAUUUUGUCAUAGUCACUAUUGCACUAACACCAGAUACCAAGGAAAUGUUUAAUAAAGAGGCUUUUGAUAAAAUGAAAAAAACGGCAGUUUUUAUAAAUGUUAGUCGAGGACAAGUUGUACAUCAACCCUCAUUAAUAGAGGCAUUGAAAAAUAAACAAAUUUGGGGCGCUGGUUUGGAUGUAACAACUCCUGAGCCAAUUGGCUCUGAUCAUGAAUUACUUAAAUUGGACAAUUGUGUUGUUAUUCCUCAUUUGGGAAGUGCCACAUUUGAAACAAGGAAUAAUAUGGCAACAAUGACAGCGAAUAAUAUUCUUGCUGCACUGAGAGGAAAACCAGAAGAAAUGCCAAAUCGAUUAAUUUUAUAAUUUUUGUUCUAAUACUUAGAAAAAAAUUAUAUUUUUUUAAAAUUUAGUUUUUGUAAAUAUAUCUAAAAAUUUAUACUAUGAAGUUUUUUGUAUAAUAAUAUUCUAGGAUUAAUAUUUUAUAUCUUAUAAAUAAUAUAUAAUAAAUAUUAAAUUUAAAUUCCUUUAA